AGUUCUGAAUUACUUCCCUGAAGAAUAAAGUGACACCAGCUGUCAUGUACUGCCUCCAAGCGUUUACUCUUGACAUUGCAUGCCUUUACCCGGCACAAAAACGUCACCAAACUGCGACACACCGAGGAUCUAGCGCCACAUUUUCGAUGCGCCAAAUUAUUUUGGCAUUUUCAGCGUUACGGUUUAUAGCCAUAGUUUAAUAAACUUGGGGAAUAACGUUAAUGUACUAUGAGUUUAUUUGGGACAACCUCCGGAUUUGGAGCAGGAGGGACCGGUGUCUUUGGAAACGCAACAACAGACAGCCAUAAUCCCAUGAAGGAUGUUGAAGUGACUUCGCCUCCAGAUGACAGCAUCAGCUGUCUGGCUUUCAGUCCCCCCACCAUGCCAGGAAACUUCCUCAUUGGAGGAUCCUGGGCCAACGAUGUCCGGUGCUGGGAGGUUCAGGACAAUGGGCAGACUGUCCCCAAAGCCCAACAGAUGCACACAGGUCCAGUGCUGGAUGCAUGCUGGAGCGAUGAUGGGAGUAAAGUCUUCACUGCUUCUUGCGAUAAAACAGCCAAGAUGUGGGAUCUUAACAGCAAUCAAGCAUUGCAGAUUGCACAGCAUGACGGUCCGAUCAAAUCAAUCCACUGGAUAAAAGCCCCGAACUACAGCUGCAUAAUGACUGGCAGUUGGGACAAAACACUGAAGUUCUGGGACACUCGCUCUCCCAAUCCCAUGAUGUCUCUGCAGAUGCCAGAGAGAUGCUAUUGUGCAGAUGUUGUGUACCCCAUGGCAGUGGUUGCCACAGCUGAGAGAGGCCUAAUAGUGUACCAGCUGGAGAACCAGCCCUCUGAAUUUCGGAGAAUAGACUCUCCUCUCAAACAUCAGCACCGCUGUGUUGCCAUAUUCAAGGACAAGCAGAACAAGCCCACUGGCUUUGCACUGGGAAGCAUCGAAGGCCGAGUGGCCAUCCACUAUAUCAACCCUCCAAACCCAGCCAAAGACAACUUCACCUUUAAGUGCCACAGGUCGAAUGGAACCAACACGACCACUCCACAGGACAUCUAUGCUGUGAAUGCCAUCUCCUUCCAUCCUGUCCAUGGCACACUGUCUACUGUGGGCUCAGAUGGGCGCUUCAGCUUCUGGGACAAAGACGCCCGCACCAAGUUGAAGACCUCGGAGCAGCUCGACCAGCCCAUUACGGCUUGCUGCUUCAACCACAAUGGCAACAUCUUUGCGUAUGCUUCCAGUUACGACUGGUCGAAGGGUCAUGAGUACUACAACCCCCAGAAAAAGAACUACAUCUUCCUAAGGAAUGCUGCCGAGGAGCUGAAGCCUCGGAACAAGAAAUGAUUCGUCGUGCCAAGUCGCAUCUCUUGUGGGGAAAUGUGGAAGACCUGCUGCUUUAGUGUGUGUGUGUGUAUACGCUCGAGACAGACCUCUUCCUUUCGGCAAACACCUGGACCAAUGCCGUGGUGCUGCAUACUGUGCAUGGACCAAUCAGAGGGGCCUACCCAACCUGGAGUUGAUGACAGCCAUGUGACAAUUGGUCUUAGAGGUCAUCAUAAAAGGGGAGGGCUUUAUUUGUCAUUCAUCUUGAUGUUUCGAUUUCUUUUCUUUUUUUUGUCCUGCUCCAUUUUUUUUGUACAGCUUUCCAAAGACUUUUCAUUCUCUUUUGAUUUGCUGUUACUCAGUGGUUUAGCUCCAUGAAUGAAACUAGGAUGUAAAAUAAAUAACAAACUGCAUACUAUUAUAUUUGAACAUGUUUAUUCCAACCUAAAGGGGGAAGGUUAAAAUGAACCUAUUGUGUUUGCUGUUUAAAUGUUUGUUGGGGAUUCACGGAACUGUAUUUUGCAUGAAACCAUGAACCACUGUCGUGUUUCAGCUGUAAAUCUCUUCAUCGUGUGGAUCAACACAACAUCAAAAUGAUAAACCUUGGACAACAUCUGUAUCACAU